AUGAUGAAUCAUCAUAAACAUAAUUGUGAAGAAAAUACUCAAUCAAUACAUUCAAUUAUUUUGUCAUCAGAUGAAGAAAAUGAAAUUAUCGAUGAAAAGAAACCAUUAACACAUACAUUAGUAACUAAAAUGGAUAUGUCAUCAGCUAUAGAACCAAUGGUAGUAAAACAAUCAACAUAUAGUAUUAUUGAUUUAUGUACACCAGUGAAAUCAUCGAAUACUAGUAAUAUUCCAAUGAAAACAAAAGAUUAUAUACCAAAAACAAUUACAACACAUAAUCAAGCACGUCUAUCUCUUCUACCAACAUUUCCAACACCAAUCUAUGAUAAUCAUCCACAUCUCUUAUUAUGUAAUGUACCAGUUCAAUUUUUAUCAAUUGAACAAGUAUGUCGACGACAACAAUAUAGUCAUCAAUCAUCUUGUACUUUGACCAUACCUACUAAUCAUUCUAUACCAUCUUCAAUACGUGAUUAUUUUGAUAUUCAUCAUCAACCAUUAAUCGAUCGAUUGAAUAUUAAUUCGACUUUACUUGAUUAUAAUUAUUCUCGUCUUAAUCAUUGUUUAAAAUUAUUUGCUGAUGAACGUAUUCAUCGAUUACGACAAACACCAUAUCAAGUUCGAUUAUUAGAUGAAGAAAAAUGGGUAGCUAUGGAAUUCUUUCUACAAGUAGAUGUUGAUUUAUUUUAUAUGAAAACAUAUUCAAAUUCAAUGAAUAAAGAUCUCUUUUCUAAAAAUGAACCAGAAUUGAAAUUUAUUAUGAAACCAUGUGGUCAUCAAAAAUGUGGAGUAUGUACAUUGUCAAAUCAUAUUACUCGUCGUCCACAAUCGUCUAUCGAUUUUGAACAUAGUGGAAAAUAUCGAUUUAUCAAUGGUUAUGAAACAAUUCUUAAUGGUCCAGUAAUGUGUUAUACAUCAGGUAUUAUUUAUGUUCUUCGAUGUGUUUGUAAUCAAUAUGAAUAUGUUGGUGAAUCAAGUAAUAACAUUCAAUAUACACUCGAUCGACAUCGCCUAAAUGGAAAUCAAAUUAUUCAUGAUUUUCUUACUGGUGAACAAUCACAUGAGUAUAAAUAA